AUGAACUUCUCUUCUUACCUCGGACAUCCCAGUCGGACUGGCUUCACAGCAAACCAGAGACCAGCCAUAUAUUACAGGCCCAGCCAGGACCACACUGACAACCCUCAGUUUGGGCUGCUGUUAUCUGAUAAUUUCAUGUCUCAAACUAAACGACACUACCAGCCUCACAUCCGGCCUGACUGUUCUUUGCCAAACGUCAUUAACAAACCCAGACAGAGCGGCUUCCAUCAGCUGAGGAGUCAUCUGAAAACAGUGACUGCAGAGGAGAAGACUGAAUACCAAAGGUUGUUUGUGCCACAUCGUCUGACGCCAACAGUUUCCCAGAACCACGUGACUGUGGGUCCAAAACAGGAGAGCGGUUUCACCGAGGGAACAGUCCUUCAACUGAACACAUUUCAGGAGAGGAAAAGCUGCACGGUUGAACCUCGCCAGACUCACAGCUCCGUGAUGAAAAGUGACUUCCUGCCGCCGUCAUUUCUGCAGGGCACCGAGGCGAGACCGAUCCUGUGCAGUUUUUCCUCGCGAGAAACAGGAUUCACUCGAGGUGCCGUCGCUCCAUUGGCCUGCCCGACCUCCCUUCUGUCAUCACCCCCAAAUAAAAGUAAUGCACCAACUGAGAGGACCAUUGGAAAAAAGGAGCCAACAGGGUUUCUUCUCAAUGCACCAAAUAACCAGGCUUUCCCGAACACACCUUUCGACUGUUCGCACUUCAUCACACAUUAUAAGAGCACGUAAGUGUGUGAUGAUGAAAAGCUGAAAUCUGGCCACACCCGUGCAGGAAUGAUCGGCGCAAAAAGGGACAGCGGCUACAGUCGUCGAGACGUGGACAGGUUUAUCUUCAGGGGCUAGACCUUCGCACACCUGUUAUGGUGCGUGCAAACAUUGGGGUUUUCUUGUCAACUCAUGAC